GUGAAAUAGGUAACUAUGAAUAUCAUUGUUUUUUUAUAUUUGAUUAGUAUUCAUCAUUGUAAAUAAGAUCAAUAAUAAGUAAAAGUUCACAAAAGCAAUAAAAAAAAAAAGAAGCAAUGAGCGUACAAAAUGACUUUCUAGGCGUCGAAAAAGAGCUUCGCGAAAUCACAGCGGAUUUCGCCUCUGGUCACAUGAAUGCUUUUGGAUCCAAGGAAACACAAGAUGCUUUUUUUUGCGAGCUCAAAAUCAUUGCCGAGAUCGAAACACAGGUGUUCAACAGGACGUGCUCAAUCCUUAAGAAAGGAAACGAGGAUGAUCACACGUUGUUGACUAGUAUGUUUGCAAGCGCUCGGCCGCCGUCAUCACACGGUGCCGAUCCCUUUAACAAGAGCAACGGCAAUCACGUACCGCGACCGAGAACUACAACGCCACCGAGGGCUAGCGGGACCACGAAGGAAGCACACAUAGAUCCACAACAUAGAGGCUCUCUCGGGGAUAGCAUUCAAAAACUAGAUGAAACGAUACGUUCGAGACAGUCGCCUGUGUCCCUCAGCUCUCAUAAAUACCAACAGCUGCAUCCAAGCCCCCGAAAAUCCACCUGCAUCAAUUCAUUUGGAUUGCCCACCGAUGAAGAUGCAGUUAACUUUGGCAGUAGUGUGGUGAAUAGCUUACCUUCGAUCCCAAACGCCGACUGGGAUGACGACUCAGGGUUUUCUGACAAAUCCUUUGAGAAGGUCACAGAUCGGUUUAGCUACCUGGAAGUGGAGUUCUCCACUUUGGGGAACAAACUUCAAGAUAUUCUCAAGCAUGUGACACAGCUUAAUACGAUGCUACAUCAAAUUAAUGACGGAUUUGCGGCGGGCAGUGAUGACGAUGAUGUAAACUGAGGUAAAUCGGGACGAGUGAAUGUUGCAAGUCUUAAACAAGCCCAGAUAUGACACAGAGGUUGUGGGCGUGGUUUAAACCUAUUCACCUUGUUACCAGGAUCGUGUAACAAAUGAUAUUCAGGAGAGGGCAAUGGAAAACAUCAGAGGCUUACGAGAAGUAGAGGUUUGUGUACUCCAAUGUUGCCGUCGCUAUACUAGUCGACUGAGUGAAGAUGAGUAGAAGGUACCGUAGAAACCUUUGUUUAAGCGGGAUCUCUGUAAUGUAAAUCACUGUGUUCAGUCAAAAAAAUGGUAUAUACUAAGGGAGUGCAGCACUUGUUGGAAGCAUAAAUCUUGAAAUUAUACUUUUUUAUUUUCUUUCUAUUGUGUAAUAUUUAUCUAACCGGGGUCCAUGGUUAUUGAAUUAAUCGGAUAGCGGUUACAAUGGGACUCGAAAGGACUGAUCGAGGCUGUGCUUUUAUUUUUCAUUUUCAUGAAUUUCUCUCGCU